ACAGUUACCUUCUGUCCGUCUGUCUGUGUGAAUGUGUGUGUGCGUGUUUCGUCCUGGAAAAUUCGAUUACGCGUAGAACAGAUCCAAGGCCCAAGGAUAAUCACCAAAUUUGCACAGCACUGCCGUCGGCCAAACGCCAAAGGAUAAAAUAAAAAGGGAUUAUCAAAUAAAUGCAUUCGAAGCCACUUAACAAAUAAAGACUUACAACUAUUUUUGUUAUUGUUGCAACGGGGUUUCUAGUGCAAAAUGUUUCAAAUGUGCCAGUUACCUCAAAACCAGUUCUAAAACAAUCUGCAAAUCACACUUAAGCAUCGGUUUUGCCAUAAGGACUGCAGAUCCAUUAAAAUGCAGAGCUCAAAAUCUUUUUUAAUACGCGAUCUUCUGGGCGAUUUGAUUAAUCGACGACAAACAGAUUCGGAACUGGAGCUCUCCAACGACGAUUCGGAUAUAGACAUCGAGGAUCGAUCUACGCCGGACUCGACGGCUGCGGGCUGCCAGCAGGAACUCCUGCUGUCGCACCAUCACCGCAGAUUCACCCACCACGACGAAUCCAGUGUGGAGUCCUGCCUAUCGGCCACAAGAGGCCCCGGCUCUGGCACAGGAUCGGGUGGUGGCGGAGGAGGAGGAGUAGCCGGCGGACUGAGUGCCGCUGCAGCGGCGGCGGGCGUGGCUGCUGGACUCCUGGCAGCGGCGGCCAGUGGUGCCAAUGGGGAUCGGGAUGCCAACGGCAAUGGCAGUGGCCCGGGAUCCGGCGGCGGAACGAGUGGCGGCUAUGCGGAGCACAAGCUGCAGCUGAGCAAAAGUGGCCGGAAGCCGCGACGCCGCCGAACCGCCUUCACCCACGCCCAGCUCGCCUACUUGGAGCGGAAGUUCCGGUGCCAGAAGUACCUGAGCGUGGCCGAUCGCAGCGAUGUGGCCGAAACGCUCAAUCUGUCCGAGACGCAGGUGAAAACCUGGUACCAGAAUCGCCGAACCAAGUGGAAGCGACAGAAUCAACUGCGUCUGGAGCAGCUGCGUCAUCAGGCGACCAUGGAGAAGGACUUUGUGGUCCAGGAUGGCGGCGGUGCGGGCGGACUCGGCUGCUGUCCCAGCGGACUGAGCAGUUCUUUUAGUGCCGCCGCCGCCGCUGCAGCGGCUGCCAGCAAUCCGUGCAAUUUUCUCACUUCCGCCGCAGCGGCGGCCAUUUUCCGUAACGUCGGCUACGUCCACGGAUGUCCCAUGUAGGAGCCACGCCCCUAACUCCCCCACCAUCCCACUUUCCCCAGCUGCCUGUGUAUAUAAUGCGUAUGGAAGAAAACAGUUUUUGUGCAAUAACCGAUCGGGAUAAAUUAAUGAAAGUCAAGCGAUGUGCUGAUAUUUACCAAGCAUACCCGAUAUUAUUAUUAUAAUACGUACUUAACAAUAUAAUCAUAAACAUAAGCAUAG